AUGAAGACUUUAAUUGCUUAUCCAAGAUUCAAAAAAGAUACCACUUAUAUAAUUCCAAACACCGUAGUUAAAUUAUUUCAAGCUUCAAUGACACGAUUUGUCUAUUUAGAGAGAAUUAGCAUUCCUGAUUCAGUUUCGACAAUUGACCCUGCUUUCUUAUAUGAUGUUGGGAGCAAGAUAAAAGAGAUUAUUGUUUUUAGAAGUUUUGGACAGAUGAAACUAAGCAUUGCACCAACUUUAGCUUUUGAAAGAGCUGAUUUCAAAGAAAAUAAUAUAACCUAUAUAUUUUCUUCUCAAUAUCCAGAAUCUAACAAAUGUCAGCCGCCAUUUUCUCUAUCUAGUAGUAGUUUACUAUACUUUUAUCUUAACUUAAAGUAA